UGCCCUGCCCCGGGGGCGGAGGGCGGCCGAAGGCCGUUUCUCCUCCCCCGGCCCCGGGGCAGAGCGGGCGUCCGAGGAGCGCUGCCCCGCCGCCACCGCCCGAAGAUGCCGCCCGCCGCCCCGCUGCUGCCGCUGCUCCUGCCGCUGCUGGCGGCGGCGCGCCCCGCGGCCGCCCCGCACAGGCCCACCUUUGCAUGUGGAGGAGUUGUGUCUGGAGAGUCGGGGUUUAUUGGGAGCGAAGGGUUUCCUGGAGUCUACCCUCCGAACAGCAAAUGCACUUGGAAGAUCACAGUUCCAGAAGGAAAAGUUGUAGUUCUUUCUUUUAGAUAUUUAGACCUGGAAAGUGACAAUUUGUGCCGAUAUGACUUUGUGGAUAUAUACAACGGCCAUGCCAAUGGACAACGCAUCGGCAGAUUCUGUGGUACUGUGAAACCAGGUGCCCUUGUAUCCAACAGCAAUAAAAUGUUGGUGCAGAUGACUUCAGAUGCUAAUACGGCUGGAAGUGGAUUCAUUGCAAAGUUUUCUGCAGCAGAACCACAUGAAAGAGGGGAUCAGUACUGUGGGGGACGACUGGAGAAGCCUUCUGGCUCCUUCCAAACGCCCAACUGGCCAGAGCGGGAUUACCCAGCCGGAGUUACGUGCUCCUGGCAUAUCGUUGCCCCGAAGAACCAGCUAAUAGAAUUAAAGUUUGAGAAGUUUGAUGUGGAGAGAGACAACUACUGCAGAUAUGACUAUGUCGCAGUGUUUAAUGGUGGGGAAAUCAACGAUGCAAAAAGGAUUGGGAAGUAUUGUGGAGACAGUCCACCAGCGCCUAUUCUAUCUGAGAAAAAUGAGUUGCUCAUUCAGUUUUUAUCUGAUUUAAGUUUAACAGCUGAUGGUUUUAUUGGCCAUUAUAAUUUUAGACCAAAAAAGUUACCAACAACUACAGUUCCACCUACUACCACAACAACCCCUUCUACACCAAGUUUGAAACCUACAGUUGCCCUGUGCCAGCAAAAGUGUAAAAGGAGUGGGACUCUUGAAAGCAAUUACUGUUCAAGCAACUUUGUAAUAACUGGAACAGUAAUCACAGCAAUAACGCGUGCUGGAAGUUUGCAUGCAACAAUAUCAAUCAUUAAUGUAUAUAAGGAGGGAAAUCUAGCAAUCCAGCAAGCAGGCAAGAGUAUGAGCGCCAAGAUUGUUGUAGUAUGUAAGCAAUGUCCUCUCAUCAGAAGAGGUUUAAACUACAUCAUCAUGGGUCAAGUAGAAGAAGACGGUAGAGGCAAAGUCCUUCCCAACAGCUUUGUCAUGAGUUUUAAGGCUAAGAACCAAAAGAUCCUGAAUGCCUUGAAAAACAGAACAUGUUAAAACUGAACUCUGCAGCUGCACUCUAUCAUCUCUCUUGGAAAAGAAUUUUCACUUAGUUUACGUCAUGAAAACACUGACUGUCAGCACUAAGACCAAGCUUACCCUUUCUUCCCUCCUACCCACCUAAGCCCAUUCCAGCAUGAAGUGGCAUCAGUUACAAAUCCUGAAUAUGAAAGUUGAAGAUUUGCAGCACAGCAAUCUGAUCUGAAAUGUACCAAAUUCCAGUUACUUGGAAGCCAUUAAUUUAUAAUAAUUGUCCAUUUUUUAAGGAGUUAUAUAUGUAAAAUAAGAAUUCUAAGUGCAAUAUUUAUAGUAACUCAUUAUAACGUAGCUUUUUCUCUGAAGUUUUUUUAUUACAUGGAUUCCUGCAUUAUUAUCUGUGCUUAAUAAAAUAUUUUAAGAUUAAAUCAUAUACUACCUAGUUAUUCAUUAUGUAUAAAGUACAGGAUGCUGCACAUAUACAAUGCUGUGCUGGCAGCUCAUGUCAAACAGCUCAGGGCUGUAAACACAUUCUGUGGAUUGCUAAGCUUUUGCCUUACUGAACCAAACAGUGUAAAUGACAGCAAUGUUUAUUUACAAACCAGAUGCAAUUUCACAGUUUUAAAAUUGCAGUUUUAUGCUUUGGUUUUCAGUAUCAGCUCCUGUGCAGAUUAAGGGGUUUUACACAUUGUUUUCUCUGCACUUCCCAGCAGCAUCCUGGGGUGAAGCACUGUGAAAAUCAUGCUCAGAACUGUUUGACCACAAUAAUCUAUUUUUAUUUAUGACAACAAGGCCAUCUGUCACGUAACUUUUUUCAGUGCAGCAAGAAGAAUCUAGCAGCCUGCUCCUUCUCCCCCCAACGGUAGGUAGGGAAAACUCCUGCCUGCCUGCUCUUCUCAACACUCUCCUUAAAUGAGCUUGUUUUCCAGUCUGCACACCGCUUUUUACUGUUUCUCAAAAAGGCAAAUUGCUUUUCAUUCAUGAAGGAAAAUAAAGCAGAAUUCUAUUUAACAUUUUAAAUGUAAAUUAAUGUAACAUACUUCUGAGGACCGGCAAAUGUGUUGCAGUAGAAGGGAUAUAUGAAAACCACUUGAAUACAGCCUUUUCUGUCUGUGCACACUGCAUAUGGAAUCUAAAUGGAUUCCUCCCACUACACUCUCCAGUUUGGAAGACCCAAGCCUGAUCGGCCCCUUACGGGAAUCAAAGUGCUGAAAGCAGUAGCCUUGCAACAGGCAACAGGAGCCAGUGCUUCAAGAAGCACAGCGCAGUGCCAGUUUUCUCAUGUGAGAAUCAGACACAAUACAGAGGUAACAACCUUCCAAAAAGAAACAGGUUUUGAAAGCAGAUGUUGUGAAUGUAAAAUUCAAGCAUAUGAAAUCCAACCUGCAAACAUGGAAAAAUUCUCUAACACAAUUAUCAUAUUAAAAGUGAUACAAUUUUUGAAACCACUCCAACAGAAAUAAUGAUUAAAAAACUAUUUUACCAAGAGAAUAAAGUAGGAUGACUUUCCAUAGGGAAUGUUUUUGACCUUUCUGCUGUAAACAGAAGUAGCAUGAAGUUUUCAUGUACAAGAUAUUAAAGAAAGAUUAAAUUUGUCUUAGAGCUA